UUAUAAUUAAUGGGCUCUUUAGCAUCAAUCCAUGGAAGCCAACACCGGAUAUAUGCAACAUUCUGUCUCCGAUCAUCGUGUAGGAGCACAAAGAACAAGUAUUGCAACAGGCUAGAGUUCUACAACCCGUCCGACAACUCAUGGCGAUGCGCCGGACCGAUCCCGGGAAUUCCAGAGAACCACACACUGAAAGGCUUCGCCAUGGUAUCAAUAUCCAACUUCAUCUACAUCAUUGGUGGCAAGCUUUGCAAGAAAGAGAACAAAGAUCAAGAACGAGACAUCACCGUCCGAGUUGAAGUUCUCCGGUACGACGUGAACACAAGAGAGUGGUCAACAUGCACGCCGAUGACCACCCCGAGGUUCAACUUUGCAUGUGCAGUGUGUGAUGAGAAAGUGUACGUGGCCGGAGGACAGUGCACAGUGUUGACAGCGCGUGGGACGGCGUCAGCGGAGGUUUAUGAACCGGGACGAGACAGGUGGGUGGAGUUGCCGGGGAUGAGCCGGCUGAGAUACAAAUGUGUCGGAGUUGUGUGGAAAGGGAGGUUUCAUGUGAUCGGAGGGUUUGUGGAAAGAGGAGAUGAUGGGACUGUGAUGCCGUUUGUGGUGGAAAGGAGCUCGGUGGACGUUUAUGAUGAGGAACGGUGUGAGUGGGAGUUGAUGCCGGGAAUGUGGCAGUUGGACGUGCCGCCAAACCAGAUAGUGGCAGUUGGUGAAAGGUUGUUUAGUUCUGGAGACUGUUUGAACUCUUGGAAAGGUCAUGUGGAAGAGUAUGAUGGGAAGUUGGGAAUAUGGAGUGUGGUGGAGAGAUCACAGAGUGAUAGGUUGAAUGAGUUGUUGAUGUCAUCAUCAUCAUGGGAAGGGAGGAUGGAGAGGGUGUAUGUGACAAUGGGGGCAAUAGGGAUGAGGUUGUAUUUUCUUGGAGGGUAUAGGAGAGGGGAAGAGUGUGUGAAGAUGGUUUAUACUUUUGAUAUGGGAGUGGAAGGGAGGGAAGGGUGGAGGAGUUUGGAGCCUUUGGUUGUUUUGGAUCAUGAGGAGGAGGUCAUGGAGGAGGAGGAGGAGGAGGAAGAAGAGGAGUGUGUUAUGGAGCUUUGUAGUCAUUGUUGUGUUGUUCAAUUGUGAUGCUUGUUAGUGUGUGGUAUUGUGCAU